UCUUCGGAAAAGCCAGUCUACGCCGUUCUCUGCUACGAUUCGCAAAGCUUCUGGCUCAAGUAGACUCAAGAAUGUGCAUACUAGUUCUUCAACCAACCUUCGUUCCACGGAAUCUUCCAAUACGAAAGAUUCUGGUCUCUUCGAAUCCUCGGGAUUCUUUCAUCUCCAAGCAGGCACAUCAUCAUCAAAAUCAACCUAUGGAAGGCAUGAUGCAACUGGUGCACCUUCGACAGUAUCUGCCAUUAGGUCUGCAUCUGCUCCUUCGGGCGCUCGUAUUUCUCGUACGGAUAACGCCACGUACGUGAACAUCGUACUCUUUUAUGACCCUGGCACAAAGAUUAAAUGAGUUGGCUGUGGCGAACGACGAAGGCCUACUGAACGACGACGAAUAUCGGAUUUUGCGGCAGAACCUCUUCGAAAGAUUUGCUGGAAACGCCACCGUUCCGACAGAAGAAUCCAUUGUCCCGGCUUCUGUGACUCCUUUGCGACGCCCUCCAAAAGGUAACCCGACCAUUUCAGAAAAUCGCACCUCCUUCUCAUCUUCCCGCCUUUCUUCGAACUUCAAUGUCGACAUUUUACCGAAUACUACCCUAUCUACACGUUCGCCAUCUGUCCGCUCCGUCAAAUCAGGAGUUGCCAGUCUCUUGCACCGAGCAACCAACCGCGGCUCAAAUCGAGAUAAAAGCGAUACAUCGAGCAUCUAUUCCAUCACCUCAACAGCCUCAAAUGCUUUCUCAUCACCUCAUAAUCACCCUCAUACGCGUAUGAGUAGCCACGCCGGCAGCGCACGAAGUUUACGGAAGAAGACGAGUAGUUCGAGUAUCGGGACCGAGGCUUCGAUAUCGAAGAAGGGUCAAGCUCAAGGCGAUACAGCAUCCCUCUCGUCACGAACUUCCAGAAAAAGAGCAGGUCUCGGUUUCGGGCAACAUCCAGAACGCUCACCUUCAGACGGAAAUUACAGUCCCCAAACGCCAUCGAGGUCUGCAACGUCUAGUCUACGCAGAUUGGCAGUGCCUCCUUCAUCUUUCAGCCCCAAAGGGAUACAUAAUUCGAAUCUAGAGCCUCCUAGAGAGAAGGGUAGAACUCAGGAUAUCUUCGAUGACGCUAAUUUGGUGACAAGUACGGAUAUCAAACGGGAAAUUGCAGCCGUUGAGGCGGAAGGUAGGAGGUUGGUGGAUGCUUUCAAUGGGUUAGAAGUAACAACGUUGGCAAAGCGGCAGAGGAGACAUAUGGGGCAUCAUCGUGUUGAGAGUCGGCAUACCACGAUUGUUGGACUACCUGGUGAUGGACCCCUGUCAAUAGAAAUAGGAACAGAAGAGGACAGUGGUGGUAAAGGAUCUUCUGGAGUCGGCGUUGGUUCUACUUGGACCCUCAUACCCGACAACAAAUUGCACUUCCGUGCUACACCUACGCAAACACCUACGUCCGCAUACCUCGACACAGAUGUCACCUCUAUUCGUUCCGGAACAUCUGCACACACCUCCCAUACAGGUCGCUCCAUACCUCGUUCAAUUCAUCGUGACGCUUCGCGGACGUUGCCAUCGAAACCCUCCUCAGGUUUAGCUUCGGGAUCCGGAGCAGGAUCACUACAUCGGAAAAAUUCGUCCUCCAGUCUGGGCUCGUCUAUCGCCGCUGGAAAGAAACGUGGCGGUGGUCUAUCGCCAGUACCACCCUUACCUAUAAGUGUUCCUCCACUUCCCUCAGGCCUCUCGGGCCUCUCCAAUCUAGCUCUUGCCAGUGGUUCAAGUCUGAACCUGGCCCGAAGCACAAGUCAUUUACCUAUGUCUAGUGUCCCUGAAGACGAAGAUAUCGAUCCCCUAGGGUUAAAUGGCAGGGAAGAGAUGGACGAAGAGAUCAGAGAGAUUCAGAAGAAGAAGGAUGAUGUUUCGAAGAGGUAUGCGGAGCGGUUGGAGUAUCUGCGGGCAAAGUUGAAGGGGGCACAGUUGCACGAGAAGUUGAUGAAGAAGUAGUGAGUACAUAUACAUAUAGAACGUUUAUUUGCCCAUGGUGGGCAUACAUUGAUUAUACAGAUAUCAGCU